AUGAAGGCCUCGUUCAUCGCCACCGUCGCCGCUCUGGUCGGCUCUGCUUUCGCUGCUCCCACCCCCGUUGGUGGUCUUGAUGGCCUCCUCAAUGGCCUCAAGGUUGGCGAUAUCACCAAGGAGCUCAAGCUUAAUGAGAUCCCCGUUGUCUCUAAGCUUGGCGACUUGACCAAUGUCCUAAACCUCCCUACCUCCCCCUCUGCCAGCAGCGCUCCCGCUGUUCAGGAUGGUCACCUCGUCCAGAACCUCGGACCCCAGCUCGACAACAUCCUGACAGUCGUCGGCCCCGACGCCACUACCCUUCUCAUUGAGCUUUCCCCCGAGGUUUCUGCCCUCGUCUCUGGCCUUGGUCUCGGUGCCCUCGGCGCUCCUCUUGGUUUUAUCGUCGCCUCCGCCUCCGGCCUUGGUGAUCUUGUCACUGGCCUUGGCCCUGUCGUUGACGGUCUCGUCACUGUUGUCGGCGCUGACGUCGGUGCUCUCCUCAUCAGCCUCUCUCCUGAGGUUGCUGGCAUUGUUUCUGGCCUCGGUCUCCCUUCCGUUGGUGUCCCCGUUGGUACCGUCGUUGCUACUCUCGGCAAGAACAUCAAGCGUGGCGAGAUUGUCCAGGACCUUGCCCCUAAGGUCAAGACUACCCUGACUGCCGCUGAUCUCGGUGACCUCGUCAAGGACAUCUCUGAGCCCGUUAAGGACCUGCUCUACAUUGUUGCUAAGGAUGGCAAGAGCCUCCUCAUCAAGCUGUCUCCCUCCGUCAUUGGCCUGGUCAUUGGCCUUGGCCUUCCUACUGUUGCUACUCCUCUCGGUGACAUCCUCACCACUGUUGCUCAGAACCUGUGA